AUGGAGUGCGCCCUCCUGCUCGCGUGCGCCGUCCGGGCCUCGGGCUCCGGCCCUCCAUGGGGCCCCGCGGGACCGCUGCGCUGGGCCAAGGCGCUCCAGCUGUGCUGCCUCUGUGGCGCCUGGGUCACCGCGGCCUUAGCCAGCGAAGGCAGUAGCGGCAGCAGCGGAUUAAAUGAUGAUUACGUCUUUGUCACGCCAGUAGAAGUGGACUCGGGCGGGUCAUAUAUCUCACACGACAUUUUGCACAACGGCAGGAAAAAGCGCUCUGCGCAGAGUGCCGGGAGCUCCCUGCACUACCGAUUUUCAGCAUUUGGACAGGAACUACACUUAGAACUUAAGCCCUCGGCGAUUUUGAGCAGUCACUUUAUUGUCCAGGUACUUGGAAAAAAUGGUGCUUCAGAGACUCGGGAACCUUCUGUGCGACGAUGUUUCUAUCAGGGAUUUAUCAGAAAUGACAGCUCCUCUUCUGUGGCUGUGUCUACGUGUUCCGGCUUGUCAGGUCUCAUAAGGACACACAAAAAUGAAUUCCUCAUCUCACCGUUACCUCCGCUGUUGGCUCAGGAACACAACUACAGCACCCCUGCGGGCCACCAUCCCCAUAUACUGUACAAGAGGACAGCAGAGGAGAAGGUCCAGCGGUACGGUGGCUACCCUGGCCCCAGCCGGACUUACCCCGGUCACUCCCCAAGUCACACUCCCCCUGCAUCCCAGAGUGCAGAGACAGAAUUCCACCAUCGAAGGUGGCAAAAGCAGCAUUUUUGUGGACAACGCAAGAAAUAUGCCCCCCAGCCUCCCACGGAGGACACCUACCUACGAUUCGAUGAGUACGGGAGCUCAGGACGGCCCAGAAGAUCAGCCGGAAAGUCACAAAAGGGCCUCAAUGUAGAGACCCUCGUGGUGGCAGACAGGAAGAUGGUGGAGAAGCAUGGCAAGGGAAACGUCACCACCUAUGUCCUCACAGUCAUGAACAUGGUUUCCAGCCUAUUUAAAGAUGGGACUAUUGGAAGUGACAUAAACAUUGUAGUGGUGAGCCUCAUUCUUCUGGAACAAGAACCUGGAGGACUAUUGAUCAACCACCAUGCAGAUCAGUCUCUAAAUAGUUUCUGUCAGUGGCAGUCUGCCCUCAUUGGAAAGAACGGCAAGAGGCAUGACCACGCCAUCUUACUCACGGGAUUUGACAUUUGUUCCUGGAAGAAUGAGCCCUGUGACACUCUAGGGUUUGCGCCUAUCAGCGGAAUGUGCAGCAAGUACCGAAGCUGCACCAUCAACGAGGACACGGGGCUGGGCCUCGCGUUCACCAUUGCCCACGAGUCAGGGCACAACUUUGGCAUGAUUCAUGAUGGUGAAGGCAAUCCAUGCAGGAAAGCCGAGGGCAACAUCAUGUCUCCCACGCUGACCGGAAACAAUGGGGUGUUCUCCUGGUCUUCCUGCAGCCGACAGUAUCUCAAGAAAUUCCUUAGCACACCUCAGGCCGGGUGUCUAGUGGACGAGCCCAAGCAAACAGGACAGUAUAAAUAUCCCAACAAACUGCCAGGGCAGAUUUACGAUGCAGACACACAGUGCAAGUGGCAAUUUGGAGCAAAAGCCAAGCUGUGCAGCCUUGGUUUUGUGAAGGACAUUUGCAAGUCCCUUUGGUGCCACCGAGUGGGCCACAGGUGCGAGACCAAGUUUAUGCCGGCAGCCGAAGGAACCAUUUGUGGCUUCAGUAUGUGGUGUCGCCAAGGCCAGUGUGUAAAGCUGGGGGAGCUCGGACCACGGCCCGUCCAUGGUCAGUGGUCCACCUGGUCCAAGUGGUCAGAAUGUUCCCGAACUUGUGGUGGAGGAGUCAAGUUUCAAGAGCGACACUGCAACAACCCCAAGCCUCAGUAUGGUGGCAAGUUCUGUCCAGGAUCUAGCCGUAUCUAUAAGCUGUGCAACACUGAACCUUGUAGUGCAAAUAGCUUGGAUUUUCGAGCCCAGCAGUGUGCAGAAUAUAACAGCAAACCUUUCCGGGGAUGGUUCUACCAGUGGAAACCCUAUACGAAAGUGGAAGAGGAAGAUCGAUGUAAACUAUACUGUAAGGCUGAGAAUUUUGAAUUUUUUUUUGCAAUGUCCGGCAAGGUGAAAGAUGGAACUCCUUGUUCCCCGCACAAAAAUGACAUCUGUAUUGAUGGGAUCUGCGAACCGGUGGGAUGUGAUCAUGAACUUGGGUCCAAAGCAGUUUUGGAUGCCUGCGGUGUCUGCAAAGGUGAUAAUUCAACUUGCAAGUUUUAUAAAGGGCUGUACCUCAACCAGCACAAAGCAAAUGAGUAUUAUCCGGUGGUCAUCGUCCCAGCGGGUGCCCGAAGCAUUGAGGUCCAGGAGCUGCAGAUAUCCUCCAGUUAUCUUGCUGUUCGAAGCCUCAGCCAGAAGUAUUACCUCACGGGCAGCUGGAGUAUCGACUGGCCAGGCGAGUUCCUCUUCGCUGGGACCAUGUUUGAAUACCAGCGCUCCUUCAACCACCCAGAACGUCUGUAUGCAGCAGGACCCACAAACGAGACGCUGGUCUUCGAAAUUCUGAUGCAAGGCAAAAAUCCAGGAAUAGCUUGGAAGUACGCACUUCCCAAGGCCACCAAUGGAACUCAGCCAGCCAUGAAAAGACCGCAGCACACCUGGAGAACCACGCAGUCCGCCUGCUCCGUCUCCUGUGGAGGAGGUUACAUAAGCAUAAAAGCCUUUUGCUUACGAGAUCAAAAUACUCAAGUAAAUUCUUCAUUCUGCAAUAUAAGGACCAAGCCAGCAACUGAACCCAAAAUAUGCAAUGCUUUCUCCUGCCCAGCCUAUUGGAUGCCUGGUGAAUGGAGCGCGUGCAGCAAGUCCUGCGCGGGAGGCGAGCAGAGCCGGAAGAUCCAGUGUGUUCAGAAGAAGCCCUUCCAGGAGGUGGAAGCCGUGCUGCAUUCUCUCUGUCCUGUGAGCACACCCACCCAGGUUCAGAUCUGCAACAGCCACGCCUGCCCCCCAGCAUGGAGCCCUGGGCCCUGGUCUCAAUGCUCCAAGACCUGUGGACGGGGAGUGAGGCGGCGUGAGGUCCUGUGCAAGAGUUCUGCCACAGAGACCCUCCCUGAGAGCCGCUGCAGCAGCAGCCCCAGACCUGAGGCGCAGGAGGGCUGUGUGCUCGGACGGUGCCCCAAGAACAAUCGGCUACAGUGGGUCCCUUCUUCGUGGAGUGAGUGCUCCGCCACCUGUGGCUUGGGGGUGAGGAGGAGGGAGAUGAAGUGCAGUGAGAAGACCUUCGAGGGAAAGCUGAUCACUUUCCCAGAGCGAAGAUGCCGCAACAUCAAGAAACCAAACCUGGAUUUGGAAGAAACAUGCAACCACAGGGCUUGUCCAUCGUACACCUUGGCGGCGGGCUGGUAUUCGUCACCAUGGCAACAGUGCACGGUCACCUGCGGCGGAGGCAUCCAGACGCGCUCGGUCCACUGUGUGCAGCACGGCCGCCCCUCUUCCAGCUGCCUGCUUCGCCAGAAGCCUCCAGUGCUCCAAGCCUGCAAUACCAACUUUUGUCCGGCUCCUGGAAAGAGAGAGGAUCCAGCGUGUAUAGACGUCUUCAGCUGGUGCCACCUGGUUCCUCAGCAUGGGGCCUGCAAUCACAAGUUCUACGGGAAACAGUGCUGCAAGUCCUGCACAAGGAAGAGCUGA